AGAAGGAAGCUCUGCUGUGUCUUCAGAAGGCCUAGGCAGGAAGGGGACCAGCCUUCUGAGGACGGCUGACAGGUGGACAAGCUCUGCCGCCCUCGAGGUCCUGCGUGUGUCUGGCGUGUGCAGGCUGCAGCGCCCUCACAGAUCAUCCUAACAGAUGUCAUGGCACCCCCAGUACCGGAGCUCCAAAUUCCGCCAUGUCUUUGGCAAACCAGCCAGCAAGGAGAACUGCUACGACUCCGUGCCUAUCACCCGCAGCGUUCACGACAACCACUUCUGUGCUGUGAACCCCCACUUCAUUGCAGUUGUGACUGAGUGUGCUGGUGGAGGGGCCUUUCUUGUCAUCCCCCUGCACCAGACAGGAAAGUUGGACCCCCACUACCCAAAGGUCUGCGGGCACAGAGGGAACGUCUUGGAUGUCAAGUGGAACCCUUUUGAUGAUUUUGAGAUCGCCUCCUGUUCUGAAGAUGCUACAAUUAAGAUCUGGAGCAUCCCCAACCAGCUACUGACUAGAAACCUCACGACCUGCAAGAAGGAGCUCGUGGGCCACGUGCGCAGAGUGGGCCUGGUGGAGUGGCACCCCACGGCCGCCAAUAUCCUCUUCAGUGCCGGCUAUGACUACAAGGUGAUGAUCUGGAACCUGGAUACAAAGGAGUCUGUCAUCACAAGCCCUGUGAGGACGAUUAGCUGUCACCAAGAUGUGAUCCUCUCCAUGUCCUUCAACACCAACGGCAGCCUGCUGGCCACCACCUGCAAAGACCGCAAGAUUCGGGUUAUCGACCCCCGAGCAGGGAUCGUCCUCCGGGAGGCCAGCUACAAAGGGCACCGGGCCAGCAAGGUGCUGUUUCUGGGGAACCUGAAAAAGCUGAUGUCCACGGGCACAUCGAGAUGGAACAACCGGCAGGUGGCCCUCUGGGACCAGGAUGACCUCUCUGUGCCUCUGAUGGAGGAGGACCUGGACGGCUCCUCGGGCGUGCUGUUUCCCUUCUAUGAUGCAGACACCAGCAUGCUCUACCUGGUGGGGAAGGGAGAUGGUAACAUCCGCUACUACGAGGUGAGCACCAACAAGCCUCACCUGAGCUACCUGACUGAGUACCGCUCCUACAACCCACAGAAGGGGAUCGGUGUCAUGCCAAAGAGAGGACUCGACGUGUCCUCCUGCGAGAUCUUCCGCUUCUAUAAGCUGAUCACAACCAAAAGCCUCAUCGAGCCCAUCUCCAUGAUUGUGCCUCGGCGGUCGGAAUCCUACCAAGAAGACAUAUACCCACCAACAGCAGGGGCCCAGCCCUCCCUGAUGGCCCGGGAAUGGCUCAGCGGGAUGAAUCGAGAGCCAAUCCUGGUGUCCCUUAGGCCUGGCUCUGAGCUGCUGAGCCCCCGGCCACUGCCUGAAGAGAGACCUGUCUUCAACUCUGUGGCCCCAGCCUCACCCCAGCUCUUGAACCAGGCAGAAAAGCUCGCUGCAGAAGACGGCUGGAGGCCUUCCUCCCUGCCGGAGAAGACCCCAAGGUGGGCAGGAGAACACAGGCUGGAGGAGAAGAGAUCCUGGCUGACAAAUGGCUUUGAUGUUUUCGAAUGCCCCCCACCAAAGACAGAGAACGAGUUGUUGCAGAUGUACUACCGGCAACAGGAAGAGAUCCGAAGGCUCCGGGAGCUGUUGACCCAGCGAGAGGUCCAAGCCAAACAGUUGGAACUGGAGAUCAAAAACUUGAGGAUGGCCUCAGAGCAACUCUGAGCAGAGACCUCUGCCCUCCGUACCCUCAGGGACACCACUCGGCUCCGUGGGGAGGUUCAGAACCAAACCACAAGUCCCCCUAAGAACAACCACUAUUUCUAUAUUUUUUACCAGAAAACAAAAUUCUCAGUCGCUGAAAGAGAUUCCAGUGGGACAUGGUGCCGUUUUUCUAUUUGCCUUCUUGCAACAACAGUUUCUGAAUUGACUUUGUUUUUAGAUGAUGCCUUCUAUUGAAUUCUAUUGUUAAGGGUCCAUGAUGAGCUAUAACUUCUCAAGGGGAAAGAACACAGUAGAAAAAUAGAGCUGGAAGGA